AUGCACAUGCACCACGCACAAAUACCUGUCUGCUUGAGAUCCCGGAUUUUCUCCAGCGACAGCGUUGACCUGAGCCCUCUGCUGGCCAGUCAACGGCUACCUGAUACUAGCAAAGCAAUGAUCGUAGACUACCACCUAGUGGCGGGCACCAGUGGAGGAUUUUUGAGCACGGAUCCAACCAUCCCGGCCUGGGGAACCGAAAAUACAGCAAUGAAUGGGGGUGACCAAGCCCUUCCCCUGCUUUGUGGCAAGGAGAUCCCGAUCCUGGUCUGGCUGAUCCUCUUCAUUAGCCUGGUCGGGCUGGUAGGAAAUGCGGUUGUGCUCUGGUUCCUGGGCUUCCGCAUGCGGAGGAACGCCUUCUCCAUCUAUGUCCUCAGCCUGGCCGGGGCUGACUUCCUCUGCCUCUGCUUCCAGAUUAUAGAGUGCCUGGAGUACCUCACUAACUUCUACUAUUCCAUCUACAUCUAUUUCCCUAGAUUCCUCACCACUAUGAUAACCUGCACCUACCUUGCAGGCCUGAACAUACUGAGUGCCAUCAGCACAGAGCGCUGCCUGUCUGUCCUGUGUCCCAUCUGGUACCGCUGCCGCCGCCCCAGACACCUGUCAACAGUCAUGUGUGCCCUGCUCUGGGCCCUAUCCCUGCUGCUGAGCAUCCUGGAAGGGAAGUUCUGUGGCUUCUUGUUUAGUGAUGGUGACUUUGGUUGGUGUCAGACAUUUGAUUUCAUCACUGCAGCGUGGCUGAUGUUUUUAUUUGUGGUUCUCUGCGGGUCCAGCCUGGUCCUGCUGGUCAGAAUCCUCUGUGGAUCCCGGAAGAUGACGCUGACCAGGCUGUACGUGACCAUCCUGCUCACAGUGCUCAUCUUCCUCCUCUGUGGCCUGCCCUUCGGCAUUCAGUGGUUCCUAAUCUUAUGGGUCUUGAAGAAUUUUGAUGUCCUUUCAUGUCAUAUUCAUCCAGUUUCCAUUGUCCUGUCCUCUAUUAACAGCAGUGCCAAUCCCAUCAUUUACUUCUUCGUGGGCUCCUUUAGGCAGCAGUGGCGGCUGCGGCAGCCGACCCUCAAGCUGGCUCUCCAGAGGGCUCUGCAGGACACCGCUGAGGUGGAUCACAGUGAAGGAAGCUUCCGCCAGGACACCCUGGAGAUGUCAGGAAGCAGUCUGGCAUAG